CUGAGUAUGUUCGCUUAACAAAAAAAUUUAUUGAUACAUUAGCAAAAGCUAGUGAAGAAACCAAUGGAGGUCAGUACAACGGAAAUAAUGAGAUUAACAAUGAACACAAGGAAAUUAUUGUUGAACGCGUUGAUAGCAAUGUUUUGCAUGUGGAUAAUCCAGCGUUUAAAGAAAAGAUUACACAUCAAGAUGUUGACAUUCAUGUCUUAUCGAGAGAUCUGGCUGUAAGCGUCCUUUAA